AUGAUUAAUAUAUUAAAGCCUGAUUCGGAAAUUCCAUUAGAUAUUAAGACAAAUUUACAAAAUUGGGAUUGUCCUGAAGCAAUAAACUUUUUAUCAUUUCAUAAGACUUUAAAGAUUUUACGCAACAACAACAAUAUUAAUGAUGAUAUCAGUAAAUCAAAAACUGAUGAAUUAUAUGAAAAAACUAUCAAAGAAUUACCAAAUAAUUUAGUAAGAAUAAUAAAUCUACUAGAAUUAAUAAUGACAGAAGUGUCGGAAUUAACAGAGGAAUUGACAAUUUCAAAAACUGUCCAAGACACUUUUGGCGGAACCUCGGAGGUUUGUGAAGUCCAAGGAGAGGGUAUAAAAGUUCAAGAACAGAGUGAGAAUAAUGGCUGGGGAGAAGAAUCUUUGCCAGCAGGGGAUGGGUGGGGAGAGGUAUCGUCAACAAUAGGAAGUGGAUGGGGAGAAAAUGUAGCAAUUGAAGAAAAUACAAAUGUGAAUAAUGAUUAUUGGGGAGGAGGCUCUAGUACUGAGAAUUUAGAUAACUUGUGGGCUCCGGAAGAAACUAUCGAGAGCUUUCAAGAUAAUUCAACAACUUACGGUGGAAAGGUACAAGAUAACAAUAAUAAAGGAAGUCCCAAGGAAAGAAAACCCGGAAGUUUAUAUGAGAGCAUACAUGCACCUAAAAGAGGAUCAGCUCCAUAUGUUAAUGAGAACCGAGUAAAAUCAGGUGGUGUUUCUCGGAGAAUGGAUAGAAUGAACGAGACUCAAUUAAAAGAUUUAAUGGAAAAAAUGAUUGAAGAAGAGGAAGAAAGGUUUCGUAAAGAGGAAGAUGAAAGAAACAAAAGAGAUUUAGAAGAUUAUGAAAGACAAAAGAUGAUACUUCAAGAAGAAGAAGAAAUAAGAAAGAGACGCGAAUUGCAAAAAAAAAAAUUACAAGAAGAAACCUACAUGGAACAUGCAGGACAAAAACACAAUGAUAAUGAUGACGAACAAGGAAAUGUCACAAGAAAUUCAUCACGCGGAGACGGGAAAAGGGGGCGAGGGCGUGGCAGAAGUGAACGAGGUGCUAGUAAAAGAGAUGACGGUGGUGGAUCUAGACGAUACAGUGAUCAAUCAAAGGAAUUUUCAAGCAAUUUAAAUGAGGAUAAGAGGUUCGGCGAUGGCAAUAGUUGGGCUGAGCAGCAAGAACAACAUAUUGCGGAUAAUACUGGUAAUAUUUGGAAUGAAAACAAUAAUGAGAAUAACGAAUUGGACUCCAAUAAUUUGGAAAAUAAAGAAGAUUGCAUGAAAAAUGCAUCUUGUGAUGUCGAAAUUACAAAAUCCAAUCAACAAGAAAAUUAUUGGGAUGAGGGUACAGAAACCAAUCAUCAAGAUGAUUAUUGGGGAUCAGAUUCAUGA